AACGCUGUCCUCGCCUCAGCGCAACUAGGUCUUCCUCCCUUCCCCCAUCGGCCGGCUUCCAAGUGCGCAGGCGCAGGCUCCUCCGCGUUUUACGCCUCUGCGCAGGCGCCGUGCCCCUCCCACGGCGGUUGGCCAUAUAGAGGCUGGGGGGGUGGGGGGAGGUCAAGCGUAGCCUCUUCUCCUUUACCAAGAUGGCGGCUUGUGCCUGUUUCGCCACAGUUCCUGCUUUAUGAGCUUGUUUUCCUUACGCUGGUAAGAGUGGAAGAGCAAAAGCUGGCAGGCUGACAGAGGCGACCUCAGGACGGACUUUCUGGCUAUUGACCGUUUUGCUGUGGCUCCCCCGGCUGUGUGUGGGUGUCGGAUCAACCAUGAGCUCCAUCGCCGUUCUGACCCAGGAGAGCUUUGCUGAGCACCGGAGUGGGCUGGUUCCGCAACAGAUCAAAGUUGCCACUUUAAAUUCCGAAGAAGAGAGUGACCCUCCCACCUACAAGGAUGCCUUCCCCCCGCUCCCCGAGAAGGCAGCCUGCCUGGAAAGUGCCCAGGAACCUGCCGGCGCCUGGAGUAACAAGAUCCGGCCCAUCAAGGCGUCCGUCAUCACUCAGGUGUUCCACGUACCCCUGGAGGAGAGAAAGUACAAGGACAUGAACCAGUUUGGAGAAGGUGAACAAGCAAAAAUCUGCCUGGAGAUCAUGCAGAGGACCGGCGCCCACCUGGAGCUGUCGCUUGCCAAAGACCAGGGCCUCUCCAUCAUGGUCUCUGGGAAGCUGGACGCCGUCAUGAAAGCCCGGAAGGACAUUGUGGCGAGGCUGCAGACGCAGGCCUCAGCCACUGUUGCCAUCCCCAAGGAGCACCACCGCUUUGUUAUUGGCAAAAAUGGAGAGAAGCUGCAGGACUUGGAGCUAAAAACGGCGACCAAAAUCCAGAUCCCGCGCCCAGAGGACGCGAGCAACCACAUCAGGAUCACGGGCACCAGAGAGGGUAUCGAAAAGGCACGCCACGAGGUCCUGCUCAUCUCGGCCGAGCAGGACAGGCGUGCCGUGGAGAGGCUGGAGGUGGAUAAGGCAUUCCACCCCUUCAUCGCUGGGCCCUACAAUCGGCUGGUCGGUGAGAUCAUGCAGGAGACCGGCACGCGCAUCAACAUCCCCCCGCCCAGCGUCAAUCGGACGGAAAUCGUGUUCACAGGAGAGAAGGAGCAGCUGGCUCAGGCCGUGGCUCGAGUCAAGAAGAUUUAUGAAGAAAAGAAAAAGAAGACCACAACCAUCGCCGUGGAGGUGAAGAAGUCCCAGCACAAGUAUGUCAUUGGGCCCAAGGGCAACUCCCUGCAGGAGAUCCUGGAGAGAACUGGUGUUUCUGUGGAGAUCCCGCCCUCAGACAGCGCCUCAGAGACCGUGAUACUUCGCGGCGAGCCAGAAAAGUUAGGGCAGGCGCUGACCGAAGUCUACGCCAAGGCCAACAGUUUCACAGUUUCCUCCGUCUGCGCUCCCUCCUGGCUUCACCGUUUCAUCAUUGGCAAGAAAGGGCAGAACCUGGCCAGAAUCACUCAGCAGAUGCCAAAGGUUCACAUCGAGUUCACCGAGGGCGAGGACAAGAUCACCCUGGAAGGCCCCACGGAGGACGUAAAUGUGGCCCAGGAGCAGAUCGAAGCCAUGGUGAAAGACCUGAGUCACCGGAUGGACUACGUGGAGGUCAGCAUCGACCACAAGUUCCACAGGCACCUCAUUGGGAAGAGCGGAGCCAACAUCAACAGGAUCAAAGACCAGUACAAGGUGUCGGUGCGCAUCCCUCCCGACAGCGAGAAGAGCAACCUGAUCCGCAUCGAGGGGGACCCGCAGGGCGUGCAGCAGGCCAAGCGGGAGCUGCUGGAGCUCGCCUCGCGCAUGGAGAACGAGCGCACCAGGGACCUCAUCAUCGAGCAGAAGUUCCACCGCACAAUCAUCGGGCAGAAGGGCGAGCGCAUCCGGGAGAUUCGCGACAAGUUCCCCGAGGUUAUCAUCAACUUCCCAGACCCAGCACAAAAAAGUGAUAUUGUCCAACUCAGAGGGCCCAAGAAUGAGGUGGAGAAAUGCACAAAGUACAUGCAGAAGAUGGUGGCAGAUUUGGUGGAAAAUAGCUACUCGAUCUCUGUUCCAAUCUUCAAACAGUUUCACAAGAACAUCAUUGGUAAAGGAGGCGCAAACAUUAAAAAGAUCCGGGAAGAAAGCAACACCAAGAUUGACCUUCCAGCAGAGAACAGCAAUUCAGAGACCAUCAUCAUCACAGGCAAGCGAGCCAACUGUGAGGCUGCCCGGAGUCGCAUCCUGUCCAUCCAGAAAGACCUGGCCAACAUAGCCGAGGUGGAGGUCUCAAUCCCAGCAAAGCUGCACAACUCCCUCAUUGGCGCCAAGGGCCGCCUGAUCCGCUCCAUCAUGGAGGAGUGCGGGGGUGUCCACAUUCACUUCCCUGUGGAAGGUUCCGGAAGCGACACUGUUGUCAUCAGGGGUCCUGCCUCGGAUGUAGAGAAGGCCAAGAAACAGCUGCUACACCUGGCAGAGGAGAAGCAAACCAAGAGUUUCACCGUUGACAUCCGCGCCAAGCCGGAGUACCACAAGUUCCUCAUUGGCAAAGGGGGUGGCAAAAUCCGCAAGGUGCGUGACACCACGGGCGCCCGCAUCAUAUUCCCGACGGCUGAGGACAAGGAUCAGGACCUGAUCACCAUCGUGGGGAAAGAGGACGCCGUCAGGGAGGCUCAGAGGGAGCUGGAGGCCCUCAUCCAGAACCUGGACAACGUGGUUGAAGACUGCAUGCUGGUGGACCCCAAGCACCACCGUCAUUUCGUUAUCCGAAGAGGCCAGGUCUUACGGGAGAUCGCAGAAGAGUACGGUGGGGUGAUGGUGAGCUUCCCGCGGUCCGGCACGCAGAGCGACAAAGUCACCCUGAAGGGUGCCAAGGAUUGUGUGGAGGCGGCCAAGAAGCGCAUCCAGGAGAUCAUUGAGGACCUGGAAGCCCAGGUGACCAUCGAGUGCGCCAUACCCCAGAAAUUCCAUCGGUCUGUCAUGGGCCCCAAAGGCUCCAGAAUCCAGCAGAUCACGCGGGACUAUAAUGUUCAGAUUAAAUUCCCAGACAGAGAGGAAAACCCAGUUCACAGUGCACAGCCAGCCGUCCAGGAGAACGGCGACGAUGCCGGGGAGGGGAGAGAGGGCGACCCUGGCUCUCCAAGGAGGUGUGACAUCAUCAUCAUCUCUGGCCGGAAGGAAAAGUGUGAGGCCGCCAAGGAAGCCCUCGAGGCGCUGGUCCCUGUCACCAUUGAGGUGGAUGUGCCCUUCGACCUUCACCGGUACAUCAUCGGGCAGAAGGGGAGCGGGAUCCGCAGGAUGAUGGACGAGUUCGAGGUGAAUAUCCACGUCCCAGCCCCUGAGCUGCAGUCCGACAUCAUCGCCAUCACAGGCCUCGCUGCAAACUUGGACCGGGCCAAGGCCGGGCUUCUGGAGCGCGUGAGGGAGCUGCAGGCGGAGCAGGAGGACCGGGCUUUAAGGAGUUUUAAGCUGAGCGUCACCGUUGACCCCAAAUACCACCCCAAAAUUAUUGGGAGGAAGGGGGCGGUGAUUACCCAGAUCCGCUUGGAGCAUGACGUCAACAUCCAGUUCCCUGAUAAGGAUGAUGGGAACCAGCCCCAGGACCAAAUCACCAUCACAGGGUAUGAAAAGAACACCGAAGCUGCCCGGGAUGCUAUACUGAAAAUUGUGGGUGAGCUCGAGCAGAUGGUUUCUGAGGAUGUUGCGCUAGACCACCGUGUUCAUGCCCGGAUCAUUGGCGCCCGUGGCAAAGCCAUUCGCAAGAUCAUGGAUGAGUUCAAGGUAGACAUUCGCUUCCCGCAGAGCGGGGCCCCAGACCCCAACUGCGUCACCGUGACAGGGCUCCCAGAGAACGUGGAGGAGGCCAUCGACCACAUCCUGAACCUAGAGGAAGAAUAUCUGGCCGACGUUGUGGACAGUGAGGUGCUGCAGGUGUACAUGAAGCCCCCUGCCCACGAGGAGUCCAGGGCGCCGUCCAAGGGCUUCGUGGUGCGGGACGCUCCCUGGACUGCCAGCAGCAGUGAGAAGGCUCCUGAUAUGAGCAGCUCUGAGGAAUUUCCCAGCUUUGGGGCUCAGGUGGCCCCGAAGACCCUCCCUUGGGGCCCCAAACGAUAAUGAUCAGAAAACAGAAACUUCUGCAGCCUGCUGACCCAAACCCCGCCACACAAUGGUUUGUCUCAAUCUGACCCAGCGGCUGAACCCUCCAUACAUUGUUGACGCUCCCCCUCCCUGAGGUCUCGCAGUGAAGCCAGGCCACCCAGCGUCGUGUGUGGCCGGUUCCUGGGCCUGGCCAGCUCUGGGCAUGAGCUCAGGACCCGACACCUGCACUCUGGGACAGCCCUCCUGCUGUGAACACUAACAUGUCCUCGACGUGGCGCCAUCAGCGUCUGGUCCACCCAGCAUGUCAGUCAGGCUCUGGCCUCAGAGAGCUCCACGGCUGUGGCUGAGUCUACUUCCUGUGUCAUGACCUCAGGAAAUAAAUUCCUUGACUUUAUAAAA